UGUUAGUUAAAUAAACGUAAAAAUGGAAACUUCCUCUUUCUUCUUCGUAACAAUGAUCCGCGGCUUCAACUCGUAGCUACGGAGCAAAGAAUGGUGAAGCGGCGGAGAUAGAGAUCUGUGUUGUUCUCUUCACAUCUCCGGAAGCUUCUUCAUUCAUUCAUUCUUCUUCUGCCACACUAACAGAUCUUAUUCGCUAAUCGAGAAUAAAAACAAAAAUGGAAACUCUCGCAACUGAUCCUGGAUUCAUUGAUUCGGGUGUCUACCUCAGGCUAGGGCUUAUUGUAGAGGGCAAGAUUCGUUUGAAGAAGCCACCCACACUUCUCUCACGUCUCGCUUCAUCUCUCGAGAGAUCUUUGUUGUUGCACGACGAAUCUCCCCCAGAGUUUCAACACUCUGCUGUGACCGUAUUUGACGGGAGAUCUCCUCCUGAGAUCACCAUUUCCGACUACUUGGAUCGCAUCUUCAUCUACUCUCGCUGCAGUCCUUCUUGCUUCGUCGCUGCCUACAUCUACAUUCUUCAGUUUCUCGACGUGACACGAGCGCAUCUCACCCCCCUUAAUGUCCACCGCCUCGUCGUUACAAGUGUCAUGUUAGCUGCUAAAGUCUUCGACGACAGGUACUACAACAAUGCUUACUACGCCAGAGUGGGAGGUGUUAGCACGAGAGAGUUGAACAGAUUGGAGAUGAAGUUGUUAUUCGCCCUUGACUUCAAGCUUCAGGUGGAUCCUCACACGUUUCACGCGCACUGUUGUCAGUUAGAGAAACAGAACAGCGACGGGAUCCAGAUCGAGUGGCCUAUAAAAGAAGCAUGCCGACUCGAUAAAGAGACUUGGCGGAAGAGCACACCAGAGUCAGUCUGCUCUCAAACUACUGCACGCUGAUAAGGAAAUUGUAAGAUAGGUUUUUUUUUUUGUGUGUGUUUGGUAGUGUUGAUCAUUCUUUUGCAAAUUUGAUUCUUGUGAGCAGCAAAAUUCACAUACUUUGAUUUUGUCUAGUAGAAAGUUUCUAAAAUUCUCACAAA